GGGACCCCCGGGGUCACCCCCCAUUCCCAGGGGUCACACCAGGGGGUCACCACCCCCAUUGCUCAUGGGGGUCCCGGGGCGACGCCCCCGCGGCGCUUCCACCUCCCCCGGCCCGAGGCGGCGGCUCCGGAUGGGGCGGGAGGAGCGGCCGCAGGCGCGCGGGGCGAACGGGGUGCGGUUCGGGCUUGGGGUGCGCUCUGAGUCCGUGUGUGUGUGACCCCCGUGCAGACAUGAGCCCCAAAAGCUGCCUCGGCUGCACCAAGUGGUUCCUCUUCCUCCUCAACCUCCUCUUCUUCUUCCUGGGCAUAUUCCUCCUCGCCUUCAGCUUUUGGCUUCUCUUCGACCGGCAGAGCUUUGCCACCGUGCUGGGGUCACCGCUGGUCAGCCUGAGGGUCUGGUCUUACGCCUUCUCUGGGGUUGGCAUCGCCACAAUGCUCCUCGGAUUCCUGGGGUGCCUGGGGGCUCUCAAGGAGGUCAAGGUCAUGCUGGGGCUGUAUUUUGGGCUCCUGCUGCUACUCUUCACUGCCCAGAUCACCGUGGCCAUCAUCGUGUACACGCAACGCACCACCCUGGCUACAAAGGUGGCUGUCUACACAGAGGAGCUGAUCCGGGGGUACCCAGCCCAGGGACCACCUGGGGACACCCAUGAGAGCUGGGACGCUGUCCAGCAACAGGUGAGAUUCCCCAAAAGGACCCCAAAGCCACCCCACGGUCACCACACUGGCCCUCUGCCCCCCCAGCUCGGCUGCUGUGGCUGGAAAGGACCCCAGGACUGGGACCACCAUGAUGACGCCACCAGGGACAGGGACGGGGCCAUUGCCUGCUCCUGCCUCAGGGCACACAACAGCACCCACAAGACCCCAUCGAUGUUCCCCCACGGCCGCUGCCCCAUGGCUGCCCUCCAGGACAUCUUCCCCAGGUUGUCACCCCAGGGCUGCAAGGAGAGGGUCCAGACCUGGCUGGCUGGAAACCUGGUCACCAUCGUGGGGGUGUGCAUAGGCAUCGGCCUGGGAGAGCUCUUCCUUCUGAUGCUGUCGAUGUUCCUGGUCCGGAACCUGGACUCCCACUACGAGAAGCUGCUGAGGGGGCUCUGAGGGGGCCAGGGGGGCGUGGGGGGAAGCGCGGAG